CCUCCUUCGCUCGCCUGCCUGCCCGCCCGCCGCCAGCAUCCUGCCCUGUCCCCGACGCCUUGCAUCCGCCCCGCUGCCGCCCGCGCCGACGCGUCGCCUCCAGCGCCUCGGCCUCCCCACCGCCUCGCUCCGCUACGUGCCAGCGCCCCGAGUCACCCCCCUCGCGGGAGGCCCUCCCCCGUGAGACAUGUCGGCCGUCACCCUCAGCCAGCGAAAUGACUCGCACCCCGAAGCCGCCCCCGGCAGCGAAAUCUCCGUCGGUAACUCCUCAAACGGAGUGAUCACCUCGCCGAGCCGCAAGUAUCGCAUCUUGGAGGAGAUCUACUCCCAGGAGAAAUCCCUGGUGCUCAAGGUUCAAUGUGUGGAGACCGAGCAGAUUUUGGCGCUCAAGAACUACCGCAACCCCAGCCCCGAGAGCAAGGUCCUCUUCUCCAUGCUCAAGGAGAUCUUCGUGCUCAAGCACAUGAAGUCCGAUUUCCUCAACUCCCUGCAUUCCUCCUUCAUGGCCAACCAGCGAAUCUUCAUUGCUACCCCCUGGAUGGACCACUCAUUGGAGGGGUACCUAGAGCAGCAUGGCCAAAUGCCCCUGCGCCAGGUGCUAAGGGUCUCCUGGCAUUUGCUCCAGGGUCUCCAGCAUCUCCACGACAACCGGUUUUUCCAUCGCGACAUCAAGCCGGCAAACAUCCUGGUGUCCGACUGCCUGUCUCGCGUUAAGAUCUCGGACUUCGACUCGACCUGCUUUCUCAGCCCGGAUGACGACUUCUCGCCCAGUGAAUACCGCGGCACACGGAGCUACCGGGCCCCGGAGAUUCUCCUGAGCAAGCCAUACGCCGAGAAGGUGGACAUCUGGUCCCUGGCGUGCGUCAUUGUGGAGAUGCUGACUGGCGAGGUCUUCCUCCUGAAAGACCAUACUGGCUCGGUUCUCAAAAUCGCCGACCUCUUUUCCCACUGGGCCGCGAGAGUCCGGGCCAUCUACGACUUCACCAACAUGCGACGUCCCUCCGGCCUGCCUGACGACGUGCACCAGCUGACCACCUUCAAUCCGGACUAUGCGACAUCCAUGGAUGGCCUGCUUGAGCGCCUUCGGAAUGUCUACCUCCGCAGGCUGGGCACCCCCCUGCCGACACCUCCUCCCUGGUCGGAGCGCACCAUGGUCGAUUGCAAGGAGUUCAAUACCCUCAUCGACAUCAUGUUCAUGUACAACCCGGCGGACAGGCCGUCGGCUCGCGAGGCCUUGGCGCACCCGGUGUUCGAUGUCCACCUGUGCCGUGGCCCAUCGCCGGGGGCCACGCUGACCGCCUCCUCCGAGGACCUGGUACGGGGGGAGGGGAAGCCCGCCGAAGGGGACCCGAAUACCGCCCACAAUUGCCAGCUCCCCACUGACCCCGCCGGCCGCCCCCUUGCCCCACGACGUCCCUCCCCGUGCCGCCCCCGCCCUGCGGGCUGGGCGCCUGCCUCAACAGACCCUCCUCCAGAUGAGCCCGGACACUUGUCGCUUGUGCGACAUCGAGAUGCUCAUGGCCGCCAGCCCGGCUGUGGCGUCUGCCGCGGCUGUUGCCGCUGCGGCGGCCAUUUCCGCCGCAUCCCUUGGCGACCGGCCAGAUGAUGACGCUGGCGGCCGGGCCGAGGGCGGAGCCGGCCAGGCGGUCGAAGAGAUGGUUAAUUCUCUCAAAAACAGUUCCCUGAGCGAUUGAUCUCAACCGACCGACAAUAAACGACAUUCCUCCC